AUGGUCCGUAGACGAACUGCAUCGCCAAGGCCUUCGGGUCCCGUCCGACGAGCAUCACCACCGCCGUCGGCCAUGCGUGCUGCUCCACCUCCUGCACCCAUGUCAUCGAUGCCAGCUAGAUCAGGUGCUCCUAUGGGAGCACCGAUGGGCGCUCCGAUGGGCGCCCCUUCGCAAGGACCAGGCUUGAUGGCACAAAUGGCGGCCACAGCCGGAGGUGUCGCCAUUGGCAGCGCUGUGGGUCACACUGUUGGUCACAUGCUUACUGGCGGAGGAGGCUCGUCUGCAGCAGAAGCCGCACCAGUUCAAGCUGGUGGUCAUGAGGCUCCACAACAGCAAGCCUAUUCUAAUCCUUGCGAAUUCGAGUGGAAACAAUUCAUUGAUUGCACUCAAAAUCAGUCCGAUGUUUCACUCUGCAAUGGAUUCAAUGAGGCGUUCAAGCAGUGCAAAGCCCGUUAUGUUUAG